AAAAUCCUUACAAUUUGAACUUUGAAUUAUUAAUCUCUUUAAAAAUGGCAUCACAUUUUCACCAAUCCUUGAUUUGUGUGUCUCGUAUUAUUAUGAUGAAUGAUUUGGGUAUAUUGAAAUACAAGGAUCAGUUUGAUUAUAUUGUAGAAUAAUAAUAGAAUAAACUCAAAAUCAAGAGGUAGACCUUGAUAAAUAAAGUCAAAAAUCAUUCUAUAUUAACCAAUUUAGUAGAGGGAUCAGCUAUGUAGAGGAUUAGUUGUGACUAUUUUGAAAUGAAUCGUAGAAAACUAAAAAAAAAAUAUAUAAGUCAAAAUGUUUAUUAAAGUUCAGCAAUUAAAAUAACUUUAGAGUUAGCGAAUAUAAUGCUUAGGAGAAAUUGAAUAAUUGAAACCAAAAAUUAAAUAGUUUCAGUAAGAGAAUGAAAAUGGACGGUUUGUUAAGGAAUAUUUUGAGAAAUCCAAAAUUACAUAAAGUUUGAAAAAAUGAAUUGGCAAUAAAAUUUAUGAAAUACUAAACUAAAUAUCAAGGGUAUUGAUCAAAG